UGCACAUUCAGAAGGAAGCACCCAGGCCCACCCUUUUUUGCCCCCUCAUGGGACACUGGAAAUAACUGCUUGGCUACCAAUAAUAUUAUACUACCUAAAUCUACAAGGAAAAGGAAUUGAGAAUACAGCAGAUCUAGAUGUAAAUCUUAGACUUAGUCAACCUCCUAUUUGGUCAUGCAGUUGUGUGGUUUUGUGGUGACUUUUCUCUCCCUGUGGCUGAGCCAAGCUGCCUCUCAGACUGGGAGUCAAACUCCAGCUACUGAAGUACCAGCCAUUCAAGACUGCACACUGGGGAGUGUUCGGUUGGUAGGCGGAGUCAGUGGAGGGGAGGGUCGUGUGGAGGUGUGUCUCAGUGGGGUGUGGUCCACAGUGUGUGACGAUGGGUGGGACCUGGACGAUGCAACAGUGGUGUGUCAACAACUUGGGUUAGGAAAUGCCUCUAAUGCUCCACUGAUGUCUGCUUUUGGAGAGGGCACUGGGGCUAUUGCCUUUGAUGGUGUCGAUUGUGCUGGAAAUGAAAGCUCUUUGUUUGACUGCACUGUCAAUGUUGACCACACUUGUACACAUGCUGAGGACGCUUCAGUCGUUUGUUCAGUUUUUCGAAUUGGUUUUGAGCGAACAAGUUACUCAGUCAUUGAGAAUGAGGGGGUUCUGAAUGUGUGUAUAACAUCUGAGCAGAGAUCCAGUGAUGUCACAGCAGACGUCAACACAAUAGUAACAGUUAAUGCCCUGGAUGGAACAGCAUUUUCCGGUAAUGAUUACCGGCUAAUCGCUGAAGAUGUGAUCUCCCUACCAACCAGUAGCGUUGUGUGCAUUAUGGUGGAUAUUCUAGACAACUCAUUGUCAGAUGGAGAUAAGAUGUUCACUCUACGGCUGUCAACUGAUGACCAAUCAGUUGAUCUUUUUUCUGACGUUACCAGCAUUUUUAUAUUCGAUGAUAAUGUUGCUCUGCCAUCCCUACAAGUCAAUGUAUCUGAGCCUACUGUUCUGUCUGGGAACAGUGUGUCUCUAACCUGCCGCAUCACCUUCACUGGCACAGUGAGGUCCCCCAACCAGAUUACAUGGACCAACUUGUUAGGUGAAGUAGUGAAUUCAUCUAACAGUUUUACUUCCCCGACAUCCCAAAUUCUAACUCUUACCCAGUCUACACUAACAUUAUCGAACAUCUUUGUUUCUCAAGCUGGUUUCUAUGUUUGUAGAGGAAGAAUCGACUCUUAUGGGCUCGGCCCAACUGAUAUUGACCAAAUGACUCAAGUUGUAGUUGAAAUUGCUCCUGUGUCUGUGAUCUUGUCAAACAGUCCACAAAAUUUAAUGUUCUAUAUUGGAAGGAAUAUCACCGUGUCCUGUAUCAUAAGUACUGAUGCAUUUGUAGACAUCAAUAUCACCCCCACAAUCUCAUGGGAAGUAUCCUACUCGGAAAGUGAUGGACAAACUGUAUCAGAGACUAUAGAAAGUGCUGAAAUAUCAACCAUAACUCCAGUCGUUUUUUUGACUAGUUUAGAGUAUACUCCAAUUCUUAGGGAUAUGACGUUUACUUGUUUUGGUUCUGUGGAGCCAACACAGCAAUCACUUGAUCUAGUUGGGAGCGAGGAGACCAAUGAAACACUCAUCCUGAUUGUACCAGAUCCCCCACUGAGCUUGAAUAUCAGCCCUCUCUCUCAAGACAUUGCUGCUGCUUCUUCCUACAACUCAUACUCACUCGUUUGCAAUGCCAGUGUGCCAAUCGAUAUUACCAAUCCUGGAGUAAAUUUUGUGUGGACGACAUCGUCGCGAAAUGUGGAGAUUUUAAUGCCGAAUUCUACUGUCUCAAUAGUAAAUUCUGUGACUAGCGGUGGUGCAAGAAACUUUUACUUUGUUAGCAAUCUCACAGUUAUGCAUACAAAUACUCAUAGUGAAACUAUUAGGAGAAGAUGUUUAGCUACGGUGACUGUGAAUGGACUGGAAACUGAGUCAACCUCUUUCGCUGAAGCUGUUGUCAAUGUUAAAGGUCCCACUCUCCCAAACUUCAUAUUUCAAUAUGCUGCUCUCCCCUCUUCAAAUCUUACCAUCAUUGAGUGGUAUGUGCCAUCCAUCUCAUUUACUCCGGAGGUCUAUACUGUCCAGUAUCAUGUUAUCCAAGAUGACGACAGCUUUGGGCCAAUAAUGAUGACCAUGGAAGUACAAGGCAAUCCGAAUGUCAGAGUUACUAAUGAGAGGUUUCAAGCAGUCAUUGAAGGACUAGCACCAUCAACAACAUACAGUUAUCGAAUUGUUUCGACCAAUCAAGUUGGUGAUAGGAUGACUUCAUUUACCGACUUUACCACACAACAACCUGGUGCAGUGUCGCUAAUACCAAGCUUAAAUACUCCCAAUCUGUCUGCUAUUCCGCUUGGUGCAUCUACCAUUCUACAAUUUCAAUUCUCACUCUUUCGAAGUGGCCAGCUGUUUUUCCUACCCCUCUACCACACACCCCUCCAACAGCCACAAUUUUUCGACAACUCAGACACUGGAGUUGUGACUGUAACCUAUAUUAAUGCUAGUCCUUCUCUGUCUGGAGCAUAUGUGCUCUGUAAGGUGGGUUUUUUCCCAAGCAAGAGGAGAAGAAAAAAUGCAGCUGGUACUCUAUACGAUUUCAUUGUUUGUUCAGACAAAGUCACACUUGAUGUAAUCACUCCUUCUCUAUCUAUCUCUACUAAUCUUUUGGUUGGUCAAACGACGGAGUCUUUCGUUAAAGUCAGCUGCAUUCCCUCCGAACCAUUUGCCCCUGUCAGGUGGAGAACAAUGCUGGGCACUUACGAUGAACUCUCAUCAGAAUAUAACAUUGAUUUUAGUGAAAAUGUGUUGAUGCAAAUAGCCGUUUUCUCUGUGUAUGAAGGUGUACCUCCAGAUAGGACGGAAGUGUUUUUGUGUGAUCUGAUCAAUGUUGAUGAACCUGAUUCCAGCGUAGAGGUGGCCCCACAAUCAGUCACUGUGAGAUUUCUGUCAAAUCCUGUUGCUAUACUGAACCAUGACAGGGAGAUUCCCAACCCAUCCGUCAUCAAUUCAUUCUCACUUUUGUCAGAAGAUGGAAGUCUUGUACUAUCACUUUUUCUGCGGUGUUUCGCUACUUCUGCUAAUCCUAAUCUCACUUGGGAAUCAAUGAAUGUAUCAUCUUUAUCUCCAGGAGUAAUAGCAGUGAAUGAUGCGCAAAUGAUUCCGUUUAUAGACAUUAGCUUUCUCGAAGGCAUCGCUGUUAAUAAUCGUGAUGUGAUUUUGAGGCUAUCACCAAUCAAUAACCAAACGACAGGGUUUUACUCAUGUCGCUCAAGUGACUCGGUAAACUCUUACGUAGCUACAGUAUUCACCACUCAGGAACAGCCGUUUUGGAGAGUAACAUCUCCUAGAAUUAUGGAAAUAGCUACUGGAGUUAUGGCUAGCAUAAGUGCUCUUUUUGCUGAUUUUUCCGAUGGUACAAUGAACACUGGUUCUGGGUUUGAUGUGGAGGUUAUGUUCAUUCAAAAUGAUGGUGGAAAACCACGGAUGUUGAUGAGCAUGACAACAGCACCAUCAUCCUAUGAGUUUGUCUACUCAUUCAUUGCUGGAGGAGCGGAAACGAGUGGAGAUUAUGUAAUAACUGCUACACACAGGGAAACACAAAGGAUAUACAACGACAACAUCGAAAUUACAGUGACAGUUCCUCAGUUUAUCGAGUUGGAGGACCGAGUAGUUGUAAGACAAGGAGACUCCGUGACUCUCACCUGUCUACCCAGUGACCUGCGAGCUCCAGUACAAUGGGCUAAACUGCCUGUGAUGGAAGAGAAUAAUGACAUCAUCAACUUCAGAUCAGAUUUGUUUACAUUAUCUCCUCGUUCUCUCAACCACUCUUUGUCAUUCAUUGCCUCUCAAGUAGCCUUGGUUUUGGACAAUUUGGAGCUUAGUAGUACUCAAUUGUAUCGUACUUCUUACCGUUGUGGACUUUAUCGACUCACUGAUGAGAGCAGUAUCUCACUCACCAUACAACCAGAGAAUGUGAGAAUGCAAUAUUUGGAUGAUGAUCGAAAGGUCUACAGCAACACAGUCAUCAACAGGUUCCAGCAAUUUAGACGAAGAGAUGAAGACAAACGAAAUGUUGAUGACUAUCCAUCCGAUAACUUUGCCCAAGACCACCUUGAUCUGGUAUGUGCCGGUGCCCAGGGAAAUCACAAGCCUGUAUGGUUCACUGACAAUCCUCUACUGCAAGAUGAUCAGGGAGCAGUCUCCUGUGUCAAUUCUAGCAACAACCAGUACAUUGAUUCCAAUUAUACUUCAAGAUUGAGGCUGUUUGAUCUGGACGAGGAUGUGGAGGGAGUGUACACUUGCACCUCACAACUGAGUGGGGAGACACAGAGGUUCCAGUUGACAAAGGAAAAUCCCUACGUUGCUGCAAUAUCACCACUUGAAGUUACAGUAAUCGAAUUAAACUCUCUAACGCUGGAAUUCAAAGUGGCUGUCAAUAGCGAUGGAAACAGUUGGGACACUUCAAGAACAUCUUUCACUUUCAAUGAUCCAGCUCUGAAUGGCAUAUUUAGAGAUUCAGUUUUGAUAGAAAGAGUUGUUCCAUUUCAGGUGCUGGAUUCUGUGGAGAACCCUCACAAUUACGUCUAUAUGAUUCCUUUCGUUAGAAGAAGUGAUGAAGGGACGUAUACUGCUAGAGUGAUGGCUGAAAUAGGAGAUGGCUUAUGUGAAACACCGGCUUGUGGAUCAACUCAAGUGUCCAUCAACGUCACGGUUAUUCCUGUUUGUCCACCUGACAUAACCUCUGGCCUUCUGUGGCCGAGGGCUGUUGAGAAUAAUGUGGCAACUCUACCGUGCACUAUGGUUGGCACAAGAUUCACUGAAGGUACUAGUGCCACCCGACCCUGCCUGGAUGGUGGAACCUGGGGGGAGGUAGACCUCACCACGUGCUCUCUGAGCAGUGACCAGUCACUCCCCUUUCUAAUAGUAUUCUUUACUCUCAUCGAUCCGGACUCUGAGCUGCCUUUUUCACCUCUCGUGGAGGAGGGGACAUCGCCAUUCGAUAGUGAAGUACUAGUACAAGAGAUGGCUAAUCUGCUUGAGAAUGCUGGAUUCCGUGAUCCAGUAGUAUCUCUAACAAGUCUGAUCUCAAUAUCCAAUGGAGCUGUGCUGCUCUUUGAGAUUUUGCUAACAUUUCCAACUGAUCAAGACACCCUAGAGACAUUCAACAAUAACAUCAACAAUGGGCUAAUGAUGAUGGGAUUUGGAAGAUUCUUUGUGGAUGAGAAUGCACCUAUUGGAGUUGUGAGUGUGAGCUCAGCAGAUUCAUGUCAGUGUGGUAACAGUGCCGGUGAAGCAGGUUCUGGUGUGUCCAUCACAUCCUUACAACUAUGCACUGGUUUGGCACUCAGCCCUUGCAACUGUAACAUAACCUUAUGCAAUUGUCGUCCCCCUUAUGUUGGUGAUGGACGACUGUGUACACUGGACUCUGACGGUGAUGGAUACCCAGAUGAACCAUUGCAAUCACCCAGCUGUUUAGACCCAGGCAGCAUUCCAUACUGUAACCAGGAUAACUGUCCAAAUGUACAAAAUGUAGACCAAGACCCUUUUGCUUGUCAAGAACCAACAGAGUUUGAUGGUUGUCCAUACGGUGUUGAUGCUGAGUGGAGUAUUGAAUGGCCCAACACUGAUAGAGACACCACAGCCACACAACCUUGCCCCGGGGAGCUAGACUCUGUUUCAGGUCAAGCUACUCGAUACUGUGGCUCAAAUGGAGAGUGGAAUGAUCCUAAUGUCCUAAACUGUCGGCAGAAUGAUUUUGUUGAGAUCUCAAUUCAGGCGAUAGCCACGUUUGCAACAAUCUCGGACCCAGUGGUCCUGAUUGAGCGGACACUUCAGCUAACUCAACAGCUAUCAGUGAUCACAGCACCGGAACUAAUCUCCCUCUUACCCUCGUCCCUCAACACUACUAAUCAACUCCUCUCUAACGUCCUUGAUGUGCUAGAAACAGCGGGCAACAACACAUCAGCUGCUAAUGAGUUCAUCAUUGAUGUGCUGGAUAAUAUUCUAGAUCAGAACAACACUCAAGGAUGGACGGCUUUGCAAGAGAUUUCAGUGGGUAGUCAGGUGCUCCUGGACAAUACUGAGAGGUUUGCUGAGCUAUUGGCUAUGUCUCUGAACAGUACAGGUUCAGGAAAGCUCAUCAGAAUAUCGAGACCGAACAUAGCCAUCUCAGCCAUGCAGUUAAAUUCCUCUGAUUCUCCAAUGACUGAUAACCUAAGGUUCCCUCAGACAGAGGAUUUGCUUAACUUCAUGGUUACAACAAUACCUGCUGAGAUAGAGAUACCGGCACUGCUUCUGGAGGAGAGGCUAAGUCAGCAAAAUGGUGGUAUUUUGCCCAUCACAUUCAUUCUGCUACAAAACCUGGAGAUGUUCCUUCCUCCCUCGGUUAGUAACCUCAACAAUGCUAGCGGUGCCUCGAUGGUCAUCUCCUCACAAGUUGGUCUAAGGGAGUCAGUGGAACAGUCUGAAGUACUUCAGGAAAACCCUAUCUCAAUCAACUUCACAUUCAAUGCUGUUAAGAAUGUUGCAGAAUCUGUUUGUGUCUACUGGAAUUUUUCUGAUCCUGUUGGUAACGGAAGCUGGGUGAGAGAGGGUGUAACAACUGUUAACAGUACCACCAAUUGUGGACAGUCGGUCACUACUGUCCAAUGUGCCAGCACUCACCUCACCAGCUUUGCAGUCCUCGUGGACGUGGCUGGAGGACUUAGGGACAUCUGUGAGGCAGAGCGAUUAGCUCUUCAGGUUGUGUCUUACGUCGGCUGUGCCGUUUCUAUCCUCUGUCUCAUCUUAACAAUUAUUUUUUUCUUGGCUCAAGGGAAGAAGCUGUUGUCUUCAGUACACUAUUUCGUCCACUUCAACCUGGCCAUUUCUCUGCUGCUAGCCUAUGUUGUAUUUGUACUGGGUGUUGAGACUGCCGUUGGGAGUGUUGGUGGGUGUACAUUUGUGGCUCUUCUCCUUCACUACCUGUUCCUGUCAGCAUUCUGUUGGAUGUUGUGCGAGGGAGUCAUGCUCUACUUGUUGCUGGUGGUUGUGUUCAGUCAGGUGGCCAAGAAGUGGUGGUUCUUCCUACUGCUGGGAUAUGUGACUCCAAUACCUUUUGUGGUGAUAACCGUGGCAGCAAGAUCACAGUUCUAUGGCGUGAGGGAUGAGACUGGGAACCUACAAUUUUGCUGGUUGUCCACUGAAGAAGGAACUAUCUUUGGAUUUGUUGCUCCAAUGCUACUGAUUAUUCUGAUCAAUGUUGUGUUUCUGGUACUAGCCCUGAGGGCGAUCUGGAAUAACCAGAAGAAAAAAGUCAGAAGAGUGCACAGAAAAGCCACUGACUCAGAGAAAAACCUGCGUAUUGCCAAGUCAGUGUUGUUUGCUUCUUUGGUCCUCCUCCCACUGCUUGGUUCCACCUGGGUCUUUGGACUCCUCACUGUCAACACAAACACCACAUUCUUCGCCUGGAUCUUCACUAUACUAAACUCUCUGCAGGGUGUGGCUAUCUUCUUCUUCCAUGUGAUCAGAAAUGACAAAGUGUGGGGUAAAAUACGUCCGAAGAUCGCCUCCACUUUCAGAAGUGUCACACAGCGAUCCAAGUUCUAUGAGCCGAAUUCUACUAGCAAGUCUUCCACAUAUACCAACUCAAAAUACAUUGUUAAGUCCACAAGGGAUUCUGAACUGGGAAUGGAUAUCCUGGAUGCAUCUACCACUGAUUCCAUAAUAAAAAAGGACUUCUCUUCUAGUCAAAUGAGCAGCGACUUCAGUGAGACCAAGUUCGACCUUGCAGCUGAGUCAGCAGCAGACACGGGCAAACUAGUUACAGUAUCUGAAGAACCAGACAAGGAAAGUACCAAUGAAUCUACAGAAUCCGCUAAUGAAGUAAACAAAGGUGACAUUAAUGCUGAUAAUGAGGAAGACAGUAGCCCUGUGGUCAAUGAAACAGAAGAGGUGAUAGCUAACCCAAGUGCUUUAGAGCAAUCUGGUAAAGAAAGUAAGAACGAAAACGAUAGUAAAGAAAUAGAAAGCAAAGAACUGAUGGCAUAAAUUCUCUUUACAUACACAUAAUUACCAUAGCCAUUUUUUACCAUGUUUUAAACCCUUCACCUGAUUAUGAUGACUGGUGAAUCAAGUACAAGCUCUAUUAAUUUUGUUGAUAGUGAAAACAAAAACAGUUAGUGUAUAUACAUAUACAUGCCAGUGACUUUCUAUAAUUAUGCUAACAUUGAAAACAAAA